AUGAGCACCGGGAAGGCGCCCGCGCUCUACCACGUCCGCGCCCGAUCGCUUACGAGCAAGCUGCUCGACCUCGACUCCUCGCCGGCGUGCCCCUCCCCGCCGCCGUUCCGGUCCCGCUCCCACGCCUCCGUGCCGUUUCUCUGGGAGGACGCGCCGGGGAAACCCAAGCUGCGUGCACCCCGGCCGACCGCUCUCUUGCUCCCUUCCGCGAGCCCAGCCCCGGUUCUUGCUGACGGCGGCGCGACUGCCGCCAGAGUGGCCGGCGGUCACGAGGACGGUGCCCCUGCCCAUGCGCGCCCCGUGCUGCUCAAGCUGAAGCUGCCGCCGCGGCUGCAAGCGGCGGAGCACCCGCUCUCCUCCCCCAAGACCGUGCUCCAGGGCCCCUACUUCGGCGGCGGCGGAAACAAGCCGCCGAGGCCGCUUAGGAGGAUCGCGAGGACGGCGAGCUGCCAGAUGAAUCUGCGCGCCGGCGGGGGUCUCUUUGUUUGGAGGAAGGGCGCGGCAACGGCAACGGCAUCAGCGGGCAGCAAGGAGGGCGGCCACUGUCAGCUCUACGCCGUGGCGCCGGACGCGUCGUGCUGUUCGCCGGCGGCGUCGUCGGCGUCCUCGUCGUCGUCGUCGUCGAUGUCCUACUUCUUUGAUGACCACAGCCGCAGGCAGGCCGACGGGCGCGAGGACUCGGAGGAUGGCGAGGCAGGCGCCGACGGCGGCAAGGGGUCGGUGAGGAUCACCAGGUUCAGGAGGAACCGAAGCCUUCCCACUAUGUCCAGAUCGCAUCUCUGGAAGAAAGAUGCUCGCAAUUUCACUGUGACGUCGCCGGAGGCGACGAGGACGAACCCCGAGCUCGGCGGCGGCGUGAGGCCGCUUGCCCCACAUAUCCUCUCUUCAGCGAUCACGGAGACGAUGCUAUGUAGCUGCUCCAUGUGGGUUGGAUUUAUGAUCUACGUGUCCAUUUGUACGUUCAUUGAUAUGUUCAUGGAGUAUAUUGUUUUCAAGAAUGCGCAUGACGAUAUCAUGUUCCUGGAAGCCAUGCUCGAACCAAUUCAGGCCCUCCUCUUGGGGAUGUCCAAGAUAGAGGAGCUUGACGAGCGAGAUAAGUACUGGAUGAAGUAUAUGCAGAAACUUUCCCAAGAUAUUGACUACAGCAUCAGCGUCUUCAUGUUGCUUGGAUUUGGAUAUGAUAAAACCGUCAAGCCAAAAGGUUUCAAGAGCUUCAUAAACAGGACUGGGAACCUAUGGACAUUUAUAAGGUUUCGCCAUGAGAUACUACCGGAGAUCAAUAAUCUCGUAGAACUAGUCAAUGAGUUGUGGCAGCGGUUUGGAAGGUGCAAAGUUGAUUACGACCUCUUCGAGGCUACCAAGUUCCUGUAUCUGGAAAGCUUCUUCGUGGGGCGCGCAGGACAAGACCUGGUCAACCUGCUCACUUUUCUGCUCGAGGAGUACAAGCUCUUCAAGAGUGCGUGUGAUAAGACCGUGUUCCUCAAACCCAAGGUCGAGACAAUAAAUGCUUUCCUUUUGAAGAUGUCCCAGGUAGAAGGACCUGACGGGCAAGACAAGUACCGGAUGAACAAGAUGCAGAAGCUGUCCCACGACAUCCAGGACAGCAUCAACGACUUCAUGCUCUGUGUAUAUGAUAACCCCACCAAGCCAAAAGGUUUCAAGGGCUUCAUAAUCAGGUCCACAAACCUACUGAAAUAUAUCAAUACCAACCGUGCGAUACUAAAAAAGGUCAAUUAUCUCCAAGCCCUAGUCAUUGAGGUGUGGCAGCGGCAUGCAAGGUACAAAGUUGAUUACAACAUCGCCAAGGCUAGCAAUUCCAGGUCAAUGGAACAUGAUGUGUUGGAGCAUAUACUUGAUGGCACAAAGGAACCAACGAAUCUACCGUUUGAGCUUCUGAAGAGCAUCACGAGAAAUUUCUCUGAAGACAGAGAAAUCGGUCGGGGUGGAUUUGGAAUUGUUUACAAGGGUGUACUCCCAAAUGAGAUUGUUGCUGUGAAGAGGUUUUUCAGCCACCACACGAUCGAUGAGAAGAUAUUUUAUCGUGAAGUUAACAGUCUAUUGAAUGUUAACCAUGAAAAUGCUGUCCGGUUUCUUGGCUACUGUGCUUCUACUGAGCAUUUUGCAAUGAAGAUUGAAGGUUCAAGAGAGUAUAUUUACCCUGAGAUAAGAGAAAGACUGCUCUGUUUUGAGCAUAUCGGCAAUGGAAGCCUUCAUGAAUAUAUUACAGACGAAUUAAGGGGACUUGACUGGAAUAGACGUUAUCAGAUAAUAAAGCAAAUUUGUGAUGGUUUGCUUUAUCUUCACAAGGAAAAGCAUAUUUUUCAUAUGGAUUUGAAACCUGAUAAUAUACUUCUAGAUAACCACAUGGUGGUGAAAAUCGCGGAUUUUGGAUUGUCAAGACUUGAUGAAAAAUCACAAACAAUGGAUGCAAAUCGUUGUGUAACAUUAGGAUAUUGCUGUCCUGAAUACCUACUUGGUGGUAAGAUGUCGGUCAGAUCAGACAUCUAUAGUUUGGGCGUAAUAAUCAUUGAACUGGUGACAGGAUGUAAAGAUAUCCCUGAGAACAGUAAUAUAAGGCCCCACUGGGAUGAUGAUAUGCUUGGAAUUGAGCCCCUCAAGCUACAUUUUCAUUUUGAACCUAACAAGCAGAUAUCAUGCCUGCUUCAGUUAGCCAAUGAUACAACUGCUAGCAUUGCCUUCAGUAUACAAUCGGUGAGCCCGAUGCCAUACUGCAUACAACCAAACAAAGGAAUUGUGCCGCCACUGUCCAGUUGUGCCGUUGACAUAACAUUACAGUCGCAAAGUAAGCCACCGAAGGACAUGCAGUACCUGGGUGAGUUCGUCGUACGGAGCACCAAAGUAGCUGAUGGAGUUACAACUGGGGAGAUAACUUCAGACAUGUUUAGUAAAUUGUCCGGUGAAGUUGUUGAUGAGGUUAACGUGGAUGUUGUUUUUGACAGCCACUGUUAA